AUUUGCAUAUGUGAAACCGAAUAGACCGAAGAUGAAACUCGAUCAUUUUGUGUGUUGUAUAUUUGCUAGUAUUUUGGUGAUAUUUUCAUGUGCUCAACAAUACAAUUGUUUGAGCCAUGACUCAACCAUUGGUUUGUGUUCAAAUGUAUCGCGUAAUAAUUCAGUGCCAAUUCUAUCGAAAGUGAUUCACAAGCCAAACAAUAAGUUUAUGAAAUAUUUCCGAAAAACCGAUGUCACCAUUCGCUUUCCAGAGGUCGGAGAACUUGCGUAUCCAAUUACGUGCAUCCUCAUCAAAGACAUUGCAGCAAAUGGUACAGGUGGUUUUGCGAUGAUCCAAGAAGGUGGCAUUAAUUUUAGACAUGUAAAAAUUUAUUUCAAAUCACAAACGGGCUGUGACAUUCGUUUUAACGUUGAUAUUUUCGCUCAAACACCGUAUGGUAUACCACCAACAUCAUAUGGCACACAAGUGUAUCCCAAUGUCGGUGCACCAUAUCCCAACAAUGCAGCACAAGGAUAUCCCGCACAACCAGCUGGCUGGAUCUACCCAAGCAACAACUAUCAACAGCAGCAGCCAUAUGUUUUUAAUCGCAAUUGAAACAUUUCAUUUCUUUGAGAAAGCGAAUGAAAAAACACAAUGAAAUUGAUGAAUUCCAUACAAUAAUUUACUAAUUUUAACGUGGAAAAAUGGUGUUAUUUAUUUAAUGAAGAAAAAAAAACAUUGUUAUUUAUCUGUAUAGAAAAAAAUGGAUCAUUCGAACAAAAAAUAAAAAGCUGAUAGCAAAACAAAAGCA